ACGUGACGGAGCAAAAGUAAUUUCAUGCCGCUAUUUUGUAAUCGUGUCGACGCGUUUAUUAUCUGACGCCACUUCCGGUCUAACCGCUGACGUUCCGGGCGCGGAUUUUUGAAAACAAGAAGAAUAAACCACCGUUUAUAUUCACUGCCAUAAAACGGCUCAGUAUGGCAUCUAUCAGAGAUUAUAACGUGGUGGAGCAGUUCAACAGCAGACUGGAGGAGAUCAGGAGCACACUGCUGGAUCAGGCCAUGGGAGAAGUACUCAAUGACCGGGUGACAGAGCUCUGUCAGGAACACAGACACUACAUGAAGUCCGUCCUGGGUACUUGUUUUAAGAAAUGCAAGGAGGAUGAAAACAUGUUUGACAUGAUACAGACAUUCAAAGAAGAUUUGAAAGAGAAAACAUCUUCACUGAAAGAGAAGAGUGCUGAACAUCUUGAAGUGGUGUCAGAGAUUGAAGACAAAGAUCACCACAAAGCUCUCUUAUUCCAGAGAAUUGAGAAGCUCAAGAAGGAUCAGACCAAAAACAGGGAAUUGAUUCAGUCACAAAACAAAGCCAACAAGGACAGACUGAAGAAGCUGAACAAAUGUAAAGACAUCUUUCAGAAACACCUCAGUCUUGAGAUCAGAAAAAUCCAAGGUGAGAAGCUGCAGUUUGUCUUCAGGAACAUCAGUCGUAAAGAUCCAGACAUGGUCCAUAUGUUCCUCCUACAGCUCGAUGCAGAGGGCGUUUACCACAUCAUCUCCUGUGACCCUCCUCUGGAGAACAUGACACAUCUAGAGCGCAGACUGCAGGAGACAAACAACUUCUCUGCCUUCCUGGCAAACAUCCGGAGAGAGUUUGUGGCACUUCACAGUGGUGUAAAGACAGCCUGACUGACGAACAAAAGCUAAUUUUUUAUUUCAGAUCCAUUUAAGACGGUCAGAGACCCAGACACCGUUUUUAUAGAUAUUUAGCACAUGUAUUGAGCUUUUAUUUUCCUAAACCAUCAGUAAUUACUUAAUGUUUUACUUAAUAAUAAAUUUCAUCUUUGUCUUUUCAUGUUCUUUGUACAUUCACUGAUUUGUAAUUUUAGCAAUAAACAUUUAUACAGGUCAUAAAAUAAACAAAACAAAAGUCUUAAA